AUGUGGCUCGAGCUCCAGAUUUUAAUCUUAUGUUACUUUGCUACUUUGGGUUGCAUAAUGGAGCAAUUUGUCUCUGGAUGUAAUUUGCUGCGAAAAGACUAUCCUGGGGAAGAUGCCAGUAAUUCUGCAAGAGGAAGACCUAAAAGGACAGUAUCCAGGGGAGGUUACUGUAGACUACGAGGCUGCUGCCCAGGCAGGGAUGAUGGCUGCAACUUUCAGUAUAAUGCCAGAAAUGCCACAUGCUACUGUGAUGCCUUCUGUACUUCGGGGUCUCCUGCUUCCAUAGACUGCUGCCCUGAUUUCUGGGUUACCUGCUAUGGACGUCCUACCAGGCAACCAGCACACAUAAGGACACUCCCAUUACAGCAAGGGGGUUGUUCCAAAGAUGGACGGCAUUAUGGUGAAGGGGUGACCUUUAAAGACAACUGCAACUCCUGCAAGUGCAUAAACAGUCAUUGGAUAUGUUCAGAUGAAACAUGCCUUGUGAGGCCCAGUUUAAUUAAACAGAUCAACAGUGGGAGCCAUGGAUGGAAAGCGAGUAACUACAGCCAGUUUUGGGGAAUGAGCCUGCAGGAAGGUUUCAGUUAUCGUCUUGGCACGUUUCCCCCAUCUCCAGCCCUACGGGACAUGACACCAAUUGCAGGAAACUUGAUGACAGAAGGAAAUUUCCCGGAGCAUUUUGUGGCCUGGCAUGAAUGGCCAGGGUGGAUUCAUGACCCACUCGACCAAAGGAACUGUGCCGCAUCUUGGGCUUUUUCAACUGCAAGUGUUGCUGCAGAUCGAAUGGCAAUUCAUUCCAAAGGCCGUUUCACAGACAACCUCUCCCCCCAAAAUUUGAUCUCUUGUGACACCAGGAAUCAAUAUGGAUGUAAAGGAGGCAGCCUAAAUGGUGCUUGGUCUUACCUAAAAAAUUAUGGGCUGGUUUCUCAUGCAUGCUAUCCAUUAUUCUGGAGCCACCAUCCCCACAAUACUUGUGCCAUUUCGAGUAUAAUUGAUACCAGUGGGAAAAGAUGUGCCACGCAGCCAUGUCCGAAUAAUGUGGAACCAUCAAAUCGUCUUUAUCAGUGUAGUUCUCCCUACAGGAUCUCCUCAAGAGAGACUGACAUAAUGGAAGAAAUUUUAAAAAAUGGACCAGUCCAAGCUGUCAUGCAAGUACAUCAUGAUUUCUUCCUUUACAAAAGCGGAAUUUAUAAGUACCAGAGGAAUGCAGGAGGCUCACAACAGCAAGAUCAUCACACCAAAACGCAUUCUGUCAAAAUUGUUGGGUGGGGUGUAAUGCAAGAUGCAGAAGAGCAAAGGCAGAAAUAUUGGAUUGCUGCAAAUUCCUGGGGAAAGAUCUGGGGAGAAAAUGGCUACUUCAGGACUGUACGUGGACAAAAUGAAUGUGAUAUUGAAAACCUGAUUAUAACUACCAAGUGCCACCUUUAGAAAGUUCCCCUUUUUGAUAUUCCUCAACA